CUCGUUGACGGCUGAUGACAGCGGUAUCCGCCAUGACACCUCUAAAAUCUAGUGAAAAAUGAGUGCAUAUCUUCAUCUUCAUUUUUAAUUAUGAUGAAGUAAUCAAUGUUAUUAUAUUGUUAUUUUCCGAUGUGAAGAAUAAAAUAAGCUUUCGAUUGAGUCCUAAAUUAAUUAAAUUCAUCUAUUUUUGACGCCGUCAUUAGUAGAGAAAAAUUUGUUAGGAACUUUCUAGGGGGAAAUCUGUCUAUAGCCCAGCCUUAACAAAUAAAGAGGUAUAUUAUAGUCAGAGACGUAGUCAGAGAAGAGAAAUAAUAUAGAAGAACCAUCGUAUUUUAGCAUCAGUUUUGUAUCCCCAGCCCUAUAACAGCAGUCAAAUCAAAGUGGGCGUCUACUCUCGAUGAUUAUUGAACAUAUGUGUGAGCAUAAAUAGUUAGUGUAUUAGUAGAUUGUGAAGUAGCGGCGAUAGCAGCGCUUCUAACUUUUGCAGUAAGCUGUACAUUGGACAUAUUUUACGUUAGUGGUUUUUAUUAAACUUAUAAAUUAAAAAAUAUUUGUGAAGCAAUAUCAUGUAAUCGAAAUUUCGAUUUACAUAAUAAAAAAAUAUGUGUAUUUCAGCUGAAUAAGGUCAUUUCCAAUCAAAAUCAAGUGAAAUUAUUAAACGAUAAAAUGAUUGGAGGUCUUUUUGUAUAUAAUCAUAAAGGAGAAGUAUUAAUUUCUCGUGUCUAUCGAGAUGACAUUGGACGAAAUGCUGUUGAUGCAUUUCGUGUCAACGUCAUUCAUGCUAGACAACAAGUACGAUCACCUGUCACUAAUAUUGCAAGAACAUCAUUCUUUCAUAUAAAAAGAGCCAAUAUAUGGCUUGCUGCAGUCACUAAACAAAAUGUUAACGCAGCAAUGGUUUUCGAGUUUCUUUUAAAAAUCAUCGAUGUUAUGCAGUCUUAUUUUGGAAAAAUUUCAGAAGAAAACAUUAAAAAUAAUUUCGUUUUAAUUUAUGAAUUAUUAGACGAAAUUUUGGAUUUUGGUUAUCCACAAAACUGCGACACAGGAGUGUUGAAAACAUUCAUUACUCAGCAAGGAGUUAAGUCAGCAACGAAAGAAGAACAAGCACAAAUAACAUCUCAAGUUACUGGUCAAAUAGGAUGGCGAAGAGAAGGAAUAAAGUACCGCCGUAAUGAACUUUUCCUUGAUGUAUUAGAACAUGUGAAUUUGCUGAUGAGUCCACAGGGCCAAGUCUUAAGUGCUCAUGUUGCUGGAAAAGUUGUAAUGAAGUCAUAUUUAUCAGGAAUGCCUGAGUGCAAAUUCGGUAUUAACGAUAAAGUUGUAAUGGAUGCUCGCGGUAUGAAAGGGGGUAGUGGGGCAUUAGGAAAUGACGAUCCUACAGGUGCUCGUUCUGGCAAACCUGUUGUUGUGAUUGAUGAUUGCCAAUUUCAUCAAUGUGUUAAGUUAUCUAAAUUCGAAACUGAACAUUCCAUUAGUUUCAUACCACCAGAUGGUGAAUUCGAAUUAAUGAAGUAUCGUACAACGAAAGAUAUAUCACUGCCAUUCCGUUUGAUCCCACUCGUAAGAGAAGUCGGUCGUACAAAAAUGGAAGUAAAAGCUGUUCUCAAAUCAAACUUCAAACCUUCUUUAUUAGGACAAAAAAUUGAGGUACGUGUACCAACCCCAUUAAAUACAGCUGGCGUUCAGUUGAUUUGUUUAAAAGGUAAAGCUAAAUAUAAAGCAUCAGAAAAUGCAAUUGUAUGGAAAAUUAAACGUAUGGCGGGUAUGAAAGAAACCCAGUUAUCUGCUGAAAUUGAUUUACUUGAAACGGAUACAAAAAAGAAAUGGACCCGACCACCAAUAUCAAUGAACUUUGAGGUGCCAUUUCCACCGUCUGGUUUCAAAGUUCGAUAUUUAAAAGUUUUUGAAUCAAAGCUCAAUUAUUCUGAUCAUGAUGUUAUUAAAUGGGUGCGAUAUAUUGGUAAAAGUGGUCUUUAUGAGACAAGAUGCUAAUAAUACAUGAAUAUAUAUCUGUACUAGAUAUCGUAUCAAUAUAGCGUCAUCUACAGUUAUUAAGAACAAAAAAAUGAUAUGAGACAUUAACUCUACGUAUAAUAUUCAUGGUACUAUUAUUACUCAACUAUAUGAAUGAAAGAUUAAAUAUUUAUAGAUAUCAUUGCUUUUUAAAA